AGCGCCGGUUAACGAACAUGAAAGACGAUCGAUAAGAGGAACCUUGUUUUGGGUCCUGAUGUGAAAUGUGUGACGCGUCUUUCUCAUCGGCUCUGCAGGAGCGCGUGCAGUGUUUGCAGGAACUCGCAGACUUCACAGAAACGUGUCAAGCGGAACUGAAGGAUUUGUUCGAGGCUUUGGGAUGGAGUCCGGAGGCGGACACACAUGCAGAUCAGAUGGACGUGUGCCCAUACAAUCCGAAUCACACAGUUCAAAGGGACAGGAUGGAGAAACACAAGUCUGCAUGUCGACUCCGUCAGCUGGGAUACACAAAAGAGGAGCAGGCUGAAAUGUGUGAUCCUUCAGUUUGCUAUGAGAACACAACCAUUCCUUCCAUAAUUAUGGAUAAAGAGACAAUGCAGCAAGUCAUUCUUCAGGCCCGGGCUAAUGUGCUUCCUAUGGGAUCUACGCAUGCACAAAGUGAUUAUUCUACAGAUGCCCCUGAUGUACCUCACAAUCAUAAACGUGCGUUAUGUGACCUCACAGCGGCCGACCGAUUGGCUCUUUAUGAUCACGUGAUACAAGAAGCCAAUCAACAGAGUGCAAGAAGACAACCCAACAAUGAGGAUCUUUACGUGGAUCUUGUUGCUAAACUUAAAAGAGAUGAUGACCAGAGUGAGCCAAAGUCUCAUCUGGAGGUCUUGGCUGAAAUGAGGGACUACAGGAGACGCAGACAGUCUUACAGAGCAAAAAACGUUCACAUCACCAAAAAGUCCUACACGGAGGUAAUUCGGGACGUGAUUGAUGUUCACUCUGGAGAGCUAGCCAGGGUUUGGCAGGAAGAGAAGGAGGAGUCCAAAGCAUCACAGCAGUCCUCUCACAGACAUGCAUCUGAGACGGACCGAUCGGCAUCUGUUGAGUCACGUGACUCUCGUAUUAGCUCCCGAAAUGAGCAGGGGCGCAAACGGCACCGUAAACGCAGUCGAGAGAGGGAGAACAAGAGUAAGAGUAAAAGGGAUUCCCACUCUCCAGGUGUAAAGAGACACCACAAGAAAAAAAAGAAACAUAAGUCUUGAAGAAUUGUUUUUUUUUAUUUCAUGUUUCACUUUUGCUGCCUCCUUGGUCCGAUUGUUUUAAUAAGUGCUUCUUGAAAUAAAUGUGAAUAAAACGA